GUUCAGAGAUACGUUAAAGUGCCCUGUGGUUCAUGGCUUGUGGUCCUCCUAUCCAUUCUGAAGACUCUUUUUGACUCAGAAAUUUCCUAUAAGGCAGAGUCUGUUCGGGCUUCCCUUGCUAGCAAGCAUGUAGUUGUGGCAACAAUGACAUCCAGUGCGAAAUCUCUUUGCUACAAUCUGCCAGUACUAGAAGUAUUGUCCCAGAAUUUGUUAGCGUGUGCUCUGUACCUCUUUUCGACAAAGGUGAUGGAUAUGCUUGGACCUAGUUUAUGGGAUGUUUGGAAUAACAACUCCCACGCGAUGUCCAUUGAAAUGGUUGCCUGCAUUGCCAUUGAAGCAAUCUCUAUAUUAGAGAAGAUGCACUCCAGAGGAUAUGUGCAUGGAGAUGUGAAGCCUGAGAAUUUUUUGCUUCAUCCGCCAGGGACACCUGAUGAGAAAAAACUGUUCCUUGUUGACCUUGGAUUGGGUGGCGUGAUGGUUCUACUGGUCUACAUGUUGAUUAUGAUCAACGGCCAGAUGUUUUUAGGUACCCAGUAUUUACAGCAAUCCUAUAAAGUGAGCGAGUCAUUUCCAUUCAAGUGGAUAAAUAAAAAAUGGAGGGAAGGAUUCUAUGUAACUGCCAUGGCUACUGCAGGAAGUAGAUGGGCAAUUGUCAUGUCUCGUGGGGUAGGAUUUUCUAAUCAGGUUCAGUAAUAAUUUUUGGAGCUUUGCUCAGUUAGAAAGCCAAUUUUCUGGUGAAGAAAACUCAUGGUAAAUUGUACAAGACUACUUGGCAG